UCCUCCCUUAGCAACACUCCUAUGAUCCCCCUCUUUCUUAUUCACAAAUCAGACACACACACACAAAAACAGUCAACAGUUUGAAAGAGACCGGACAUGUCAAGCUUGGCUUACUUUUGAUUUAAAAAGGGAACCAGUGCCAGAGAAGCAUCUACAAAGAAACUCCAGAUCUCAGACCGAAAUGACUUUAUGGACAUCUGUCAUUCUGGUCCUACAGCUGCUAUUAAACCUGUGCUUCCAUGCAGAGGCCCAGUCUUUGGCAAUCUAUGAUCUACUCACCUCGCCGGACUGCUUGCCAGACCUGCUGCAAGGAGGUUUGGCUGAACAAGGGGUGAAUGAGGCUUUUAUCUUAACCACCUUCAAGCUGCAGCCCAAGACUGGGACCACUGUGUUUGCCUUGUUCAACCCGAGGGACAACAGCAAGUAUUUUGAGUUUACAGUGAUGGGGAAGCUCAACCGAGCUGUGUUGCGUUACUUGCGGACUGACAAGAGAAUGAGCUCCGUUAGCUUCAACAACCUGGUGCUGGCGGACGGCCAGCAGCACCGGCUGUUGUUCCACCUGAAGGGGCUGCAGCAGCAGGGGCCAGGCGGGGUGGAGCUACAUCUGGACUGCAGGCUGGUAGAGACCGUCCGGGAUCUUCCUGCCGCCUUCCAGGGUUUGCCGGCCGGGUACGGCAUGGUGGAGCUGAAGACGAUGCACGCCAGGGAGCAGGAGAGCUUAGACGAGCUGAAACUGGUGGUCGGGGACUCGUUUGAAAAUGUUGCAUCAUUACAAGAUUGUCAUUUUCAGCAAAGGGACUCAGUUCAAACGUUAGGGGUCAACACAAAGCAGUUGUCCAAUCAAAUGCUGGAGUUAACAAAGGUGAUAAAUGAGCUGAAGGACGUGCUCAUUCAGCAGGUCAAAGAAACAUCUUUCCUCCGAAACACCAUUUCAGAGUGUCAGGCUUGUGGUCUGGGUGGAACAGAGGUGGUGAAACCGAGAUGUGCUCCAGGUGUCUGUUUCCGUGAUGAUAUGUGUAUGGAGACAGCAAACGGUGUUGAGUGUGCGCCCUGUCCAGAUGGAUACACUGGAGACGGCUUUAACUGUGAUGACGUUGAUGAGUGCCAGUUUAACCCCUGCUUCCCCGGGGUGAAGUGCGUUAACACCGCCCCUGGCUUCCGCUGCGAUGCCUGCCCACUGGGUUUCAUCGGCCUGCCGGUGGAGGGCGUGGGCAUUUUGUUUGCUCAAACCAACAAACAGGUCUGCGAUGACAUUGAUGAAUGCAAAGGACCCGACAAUGGCGGCUGUACCGCAAACUCAAUCUGUCACAACUCUGUUGGCUCCUUUUACUGUGGCAGGUGUAAGUCAGGAUUCACAGGAGAUCAGGUGAGGGGCUGUGAGCCAGAGCUCAGCUGUGGAAACAGCCUGACCAACCCCUGCGACAUCAACGCCAAGUGCAUCCCAGAAAGAGAUGGGUCUAUUACUUGUCAGUGCGGAAUUGGCUGGGCCGGCAACGGAUACCUGUGUGGGAAAGACACAGACAUUGAUGGAUACCCAGAUGAAAAACUCAAGUGCAAGGACACAAACUGUCGAAAGGACAAUUGCAUCUUUGUUCCUAACUCCGGUCAAGAGGACGCCGACAGGGAUGGCCAGGGAGAUGCAUGCGAUGAGGAUGCAGAUGGUGAUGGUAUUCCAAACGAGCAGGACAACUGCCGGCUGAAGGCCAACGUGGACCAGAGGAACAGUGACGUAGACAGCCACGGCGACGCCUGUGACAACUGCCGCAUGGUGAACAACCCCGACCAGCGGGACACUGAUGGAGACGGCAAAGGAGACGCCUGCGAUGAUGACAUGGACGGAGAUGGCUUGAAGAACUUCCUGGACAACUGCCAACGUGUCCAGAACAGAGACCAGCUGGACCGGGAUGGAGACGGAGUGGGAGAUGCUUGUGACAGCUGCCCCGACAUCCCCAACCCAAACCAGUCGGACAUUGAUAAUGACCUGGUUGGAGACUCGUGUGACACAAAUCAGGACAGCGACGGCGAUGGCCACCAGGAUACCAAGGACAAUUGUCCGCUCGUGAUUAACAGCUCCCAGCUGGACACUGACAAAGACGGGCUUGGAGAUGAAUGUGACGAUGACGAUGACAAUGAUGGUAUCCCAGAUAUUUUACCACCAGGACCAGACAACUGCAGACUGGUGCCUAACCCUGAGCAGAUUGAUGACAACAAUGAUGGUGUUGGCGAUAUCUGUGAGUCUGACUUUGACCAGGACAAAGUGAUUGACCGGAUUGACAACUGCCCUGAGAAUGCCGAGAUCACCCUGACAGACUUCAGGGCCUACCAGACAGUAGUGCUGGACCCUGAAGGCGACGCCCAGAUUGACCCCAACUGGGUUGUCCUUAACCAGGGCAUGGAAAUAGUUCAGACCAUGAACAGUGACCCCGGACUUGCUGUUGGGUACACGGCUUUCAGCGGAGUCGACUUUGAAGGGACGUUUCACGUGAACACAGUUACUGAUGAUGACUACGCCGGCUUCAUCUUUGGCUACCAGGACUCGUCGUCCUUCUAUGUGGUGAUGUGGAAGCAGACAGAGCAGACUUACUGGCAAGCAACCCCCUUCAGAGCUGUGGCUGAGCCCGGCAUCCAGCUCAAGGCUGUAAAGUCUAGAUCUGGCCCUGGGGAACACUUGAGGAACUCACUGUGGCACACAGGAGACACCACCGACCAGGUGCGUCUGCUGUGGAAGGACCCGAGGAACGUCGGCUGGAAAGAUAAGGUUUCCUACCGCUGGUACCUGCAGCACCGUCCGCAGGUCGGAUACAUCAGAGUGCGGUUUUAUGAAGGGACUCAGCUGGUUGCAGAUUCUGGUGUGACCAUCGACACGACCAUGAGAGGAGGCCGACUCGGCGUGUUCUGUUUCUCUCAAGAAAACAUCAUCUGGUCUAAUCUGAAAUAUCGCUGCAACGAUACCAUCCCAGAGGAUUUCCAGGAGUUCAGCGCUCAGCACACCGUUGACUCAAUCUAAAGUCAAGACUCGUGGAUGCCUCCGAAUCGACAAGGAGUGCAUCUCUGCGUGGGUGUAUCUGUAUGCAUGUGACCGUGGUGACUUGUGUGUGUAUGUGUGAUGUUUUUUUUUUGUUUUUUUAACUGUGUUACGGAUACAGAAACAUAUUUGACUACCAUCGUGUACUGUAUGAUCCAGUUGUUCUGUCCUUUUAUUCAGAUCUGGUCUCCCUAAUCAUCUUUGUAAGGCGUUCAGUGAAAACGAGAUAAAUGUUAGGAAAUAUGCAGUUUAUACUCUAUGCAUCGAAUAUCAAAAGAACAGAGACAGGCUCUAACUAAUACUUAAAGCUGUACGUUGAAAGAAAUGAUUAAAUAUCAGUGGAGCCAUGUUAUAAUCUACAUCCUUUGAUUAAACAAUUAUGUAUCAACCAGCUGUCAGCCACCUACAUCCUAGGAGUUUUUUUUAUCUCCAGUGGUUGGCAGGUAUAAUUUGUAGUUUUUGCAAGACAAGAAUAAUAGACCAUUUUCCUUCUCACCUCCUUGUUAAAAUGUGACAAAUUAGGUAAAAAAAUGUCACAGAAAAUCCCUUCUUAGGGCCCUUCUUUAUUUUCAUUGUAUAUUCUGCACGAUGAAAAAACAUUUUUCAUUGACUGACCCUAAGCAUUUUGUGGGUUGCUCUGUAAAAAGAGAGAGGUUGUCUUGCAUCAAAAGGCUAGUUUCCCAAUAAAAUGCCAUGUUUUAAGA